AUGAUGCAAACACAGCGGACACAACGCUUGAAUCGAAUUAUUAAUGGGAAUAAAUCAACAGCAGUUUAUCCAUUUCUGGUAUCAUUAUGGAUUAGAAGUCCUUCAAUAUUAAUACAUUGUGGUGGAACGUUGAUAGCGCCGAAUGUAAUUUUAACGGCAGCGCAUUGCUUUUAUGAUCCACGAAGAAAUCCUUUACAAGCUCCAAUAGUCCAAGCGUUUUUCAAUACAUUAAAAACCAACAAAGGUGACAAUCGUAUCACCCGAAAAAUAGUAAUUCAUCGACAGUUCCAAAAUCUACCACACACACUAAACAAUGAUAUCGCCUUAAUAUUUUUCGAUAAACCGGUUCCAUAUCAACCGGUAAAUUUACCAUUAGAUAUCAAUUCAAAUGCAUAUCCUGGUGAUGUAAUCAAUAUUGUUGGAUGGGGUGCAACGGAACGUAGUUCACGUGGUACGAGUGAUUUGAUGCAGGCUAAACUAACACUGGCAAAUCGUUAUGAAAUGCCAUGUAAACGCGACGAAAAUAUGAAUACAAAAUUAUGUGCUAUCACUGGUAUGAUCAAUUGUAUGGGUGGGGGUCAAGGUGAUAGCGGUGGUCCUGCACUAAUACGUCCUGUGGGAGCUAGCAAUUGGAUCCAGGUGGGAGUUGUGAGUGCUGGUAUUAAUAUUGGAGAAAAUAUGAAAAUGAAUAUAUUCACGGAUGUUAGUGCAUUUUUGCCGUGGAUUAUAAAUGUGAUUCAAGAAGUGCUUAGUUCAGAUCCAUCAAUCUUACCACCGAAUGUAAUCACUUCUUAA